GCCCUGGGCGGCCGGGGAAGGGUGGGCAUGGCCGGGCUGGAGCGCGGGGCCCUCCGGCCGCUGGGGGCCCAGGGCGGGAUCCGUGAUGCGGCGACGGCCCGACACGUAGGUGUGGGUGAAACCCCCCUGGCGUCUGCGCCAGCGACACCCGGUCGUGGGUCUGGCCUCCGGUUCCUGGUGCAAGGGGAUGAGCCUGAACGUGCUUUCCCCCGCAGUAAGGCGCAGUGUCAUGGGAGGGGAAUGUGCUCCUGUGCCGUGUGCCCCGGGAUGAGCCUGCUGGAGCGGGAAGAUAUGGAUAACAGGAAGGAUGAAAAAAGCAGGACGCUGUGUGCAACCUCAGAAGAAGGGCUGAAGGCCCGAGGAAAGGAAAAAAGGAAGCGAAAGCGCAGCAGAAGCAGAUCCUCAUCUGUUUCGUCCACAUCGUCUUCUAGCAGUACAUCCACUUCUUCCUCCUCAUCACGCUCAUCAUCAAGAUCAUCUUCUUCAAGUAGUAGUAGAGAUUCUCCUAAGUCUAAGUCAAAGAAAAAGAAAAAAGAAAAACAUAACAAAAAGAAAAGGAAAAAGGAGAACAAAAUGAAGAAAAAGAAGGAAAAGAAGAAAAGGAAAGAGAAAACAGGACCUGUCCAGCUUUCCAAGUUCUUCAAAAACAAAAAGAAGAACGAAAACUACAGCAUGAUAACCGGAAAGAAAAUUAAGAUGAAAAUAAAGAAGACUAAGGAAGAUAUAGAGAGAGACCGGAACCGUGCCCAGCUACUGGAAUUUCUGAACUCUGCCUUGUAACGGGAAGAGUCCUCACCAGGGACAGGUAGAUGUACCAAGCCAACCAUCAUCCUAGCAGAACACUAAAGAGAAACUCAGGGAAAAGGACACCAAGUUGGACAAGACCAGACCCUCCUACUGAGAAGAAAAUUGGCAUGUCCUUUUUUAAUGGCAAAACACAGAGUAGCUAAUAACUUGUUAAGGGAGAUCCAUGUCCUCCUUUUGAGAUCCUACGGUAAUAGCCAGGCUGUGGUGUUUUAGAAAAGCCCAAGUGUGUGUUGUUCACAAUGAUAAGAAAUGACACACUGAAGUCCAGCAAUGUAAUUUCUAUCUUAACUGCAUGCAGAAUGCACUCUUAAUUUCAAAUGUCUUAAUUUUUCUAGUAGUUUAAGCAGAGUAUUUGUAAAUGUUUAUUUUAAAGAUGAGAUGUUUCUUUUAUGUAUUUUUUUUCUGGUAGUGGUUAUGUGUAUCAUAAAGAGCAAACUGACCUUUGUAAAUAGAACAUCCUUUUACAUAAA